CUCUCUUCUCUCAUCCUCAUCCUCUCUCUCUCUCACUUUCAUCUGAUUAAAUUCUAUUCUAUUUUCAUUCAAUCACUUGAAUCAACACCGUUCACAGUAAACCCUUAUUUUUUUUCUAGCGAAUCUUUUUCUCCAUCAUCAUUAAGUUGAUUUUAUUUUGGUUUUCGUUUUGUUGAUUUGAAUUUUCAUCAUUUGUUAAUUUCUAAGACCUAGUUUUCUUUAAUUACCCUGUCAUGUGUUAAUUUGUGCUCAGACUUGUUCCAUUCUACCAAUAAUCAAUCAUCUCUGGAAAAUUACAAACUAUCAAAGAACAAAUUAUUGUCACAAUUAAUUGGCCAAUAUCAUUUUUAAUCAUCACACCAACAUCAAUUUAUUCUUCAAAAAUCUUACCAAUCUCUCUCUCUCUCUCUCUCUCUCUCUCUCUCUCUCUCUCUCUCUCUCUUUCUCUGACAAUAUUUUCCAUCUAGAGCUUAUUAUCCAAUCUAAAUUGCUGCUAAUAACUAAUUACAAGAUGAAGUUUUCUCACUCCUUCUUAUCUUUCCAUCUUUACCUGUCUCUUGUAAUUUAUUUACCUUUGUUAAACUGUUUGAUCACCUCUACCUCCGAUCCCUCGAUAAAUUCAACAAUUACCAUGCAAAUUGGACCAAAAUUUAGUUAUAACAACGACACCAAGAAAGCCAACGAAACCUUGUCACUUCCAUCUGAGCCCAAGUGUCCAAAGUCCUGCCGAUGUACCAUUGAAAGUGGUACACCAAAUUCCCUUAAAGGUUACACAGUUUCCUGUUCGCGAUUGGGUCUCACAAUCAUUCCUCCAUCAUCUCAAAGCCCUGUCGAAACAGUUACCUUUGACCUAAGCGAUAAUGAUAUAAGUCAGGUUAAACUUUUCGAUCACGAUUAUCCCAAUUUAACCAAGUUAAAUCUAUCUAUAAAUUCAAUCUCCACCAUUGAACCAAAGGCAUUUGAAUCGAUACCAACGCUGGAAGUGUUAGAUUUAAGUUUCAAUAAGCUUUCCAGCAUUCAAGAUAUGAUUUUUAACAAUCUAAACAACGUUAAAAAAAUUGACCUUUCCGACAAUGAUAUAUCCAAAAUUGCUGCCAAUUCUUUUGAUGGUCAACAAUGGCUGGAGAUUUUAAUCCUACGAGGAAACAAUCUUAAAUCUCUACCUGAGGAUUUAUUUCGAAACAAUGAACGAUUAAGGAUUCUUGACCUUUCUCAUAAUUCCAUGUACAGUUUACCUGAUACCCUUUUCCAUUUUACCCCGGCACUGACCACCAUUGAUCUUUCCGAGAAUCAGUUUAACUCUGUUCCAAGUGAUGAUUUAAUUGGUGCAACUAAAUUAGAGAAUCUUGAUAUCUCUGCUAAUUUGAUGAAAAAGUUGGAUCAUGAAUCUUUCAGUGGAUUAUUGUCAUUGAAAACUUUAAAGAUCAACAAUUUACCUCAAUUAACUGAGAUCGAUGAUUACACCUUUUCCUAUCUACAUAAUCUUCAACAUCUUGAGAUUAAAUAUAAUCCAAGGUUAAAUCAAUUGUCUUCAUCAGCGUUUUUUGGUAUCACUUUUACUCCAAUUAAUUUAACGCAAGUUGAUCUUUAUGGUAAUCAAUUGUCUCGACUUACUGAGCAUACACUUCCAAUUUGUAACAUUUCACGAGUUGAUUUACGAGAUAAUCAAUGGAAAUGUGAUUGUCAUUUUGCAUGGAUUAAGUCAUGUAAACACGAUGAUCCCAUUCACCAGCAAAUAAAGUGCACUUCACCAUUACAACUUGCUAGUCUUGAGAUCGGUGCCAUCAAUGUAGACCAAUUUACCUGUCCAGCUGAGGCUAAUUCUUUCAGUCGAGAGAUUCGAUUAUUCCGUCUAUUUGUAGUUCUCUUUGGUGUUUUAACUCUUAUUUUCAUGGGCUUCAUGGUAAUUUAUUAUCUUCAUAAAGCCAAAGUAAUCAGAUCUUUUGGACACAAGUACCAACGAAUGGGCUCCAUCCAUUAUGUUAAAGACCAAACCACUGAUAUUGUCCCAGAAUAAUUAGAUUCAUUUCAUUUCUUUUUUACCAAAGAAUCAAUUUAAGAAUUCAACUUAAAGUUAUUGAAUAUUAUAUCUCUAAUCUACCACUAAUGGUGCUUUUGAUAAGAAAUUAUUACCAAUUAAUUUGCCACCGUUCACUAAUCCCUAAGAGCACUUUGUAUUUGCAAUUAAAUGCAACUGUUGCCUGGAAAUCAAAGGAAGCUGAAGGAAAUAAUCAACUGGAGGACAAUAAAGUGCCAUAAGCAAAACGUUUACAUUGCAAUUUAAUUUACUUUUCACGCAAUCAAAUGAAUCAACAAUUGACCUUACUUACUUUUUAACUUUAAAAAGGGAAAUACACAAACUGUAAAGACAUUUUUACUACAUCCAUUCAUCAUCAUCGUAAUAACUUUCACCAUCAUCAAACAAUGAAACAAACAUCAUCAAUCUCAUUCGUUGAUUAUUGAACAUUUCAUUCAUUUUCAUCAUUAACAUGACUUUGCAAACUUACUAAAUUGUAUUAUCAAAAUUAUCAUAAUGUAACACAACCACUCUAACUAACAAUGUAAUCAGGUUAGAUUGUAUUUCAUUAACUUUACCUUUAAUUUUGUUGUUGUAAUACAUUUUAAUGAAAAAAAUGUUACUUUUAUUUAAAAUUUAAUCCAUCAGAUCAUAUCAAUGGUUUUAAUUGUUGAUUGUAACAACUAUUGUCCAUUGAUAAUGAUCAUUCCAUUUAAUUGUAACCAUUUCCAGUACAACCAAUAAGUUCACAAUUAGGAUCACCAUAAUCACCGGAACCAGCACCAGUCAUCCCGUUUAAAUAUUAAUAAUAAUAAUCUCUGUUUAAUUUUACUAUUAAUAUUAUUAAUAGUGAUUAUUAUAUGCUCUUAAUGCUGAUAUGGUUUGUUGAUUAAUAUCAACUUCAUCAUUUUUCCCUAAAAGCUUAUCAAUAUAACAAACCCAAUGUAUAUUUUAAUGUAAUAUAUUAAUAAAAACCAUGAAGAAAAAAAA